AUGGCCUCUUUGAUCAAACUAUUUUUGACACUUGAACCAUCUCUUCGUUUUUAUCUACGUUCACAACGUAUUGCUGAAGUUCAUGAAGCUAUUAUAUCAUCAUUAAUUGUUUGUCAACCAAAAGAUCCAAUAGCAUGGUUAAUUAGUUGUCUUACUGAAUACCAUUCAUUGCCAUUAUCAGACAAAGUUAAUCUUAAUUGGGAUUAUUUUAUUCCUGAAGCUUAUCGACCAGUUAAUCGACCAUUUAAUCUUGAAAGUUCAUUAAGUUAUGUAUUUGCUGUUUGUGAUGAUUCAUUAGAACCAACAGAAGAACAAAUUGGAAUAGCUAUUAGUCAUUAUAAAUCACAUAUUCAAAAGAAUCUUUUUUCAGCAUGGCUUCGUUGUUAUCUUAUACGUUUAAGUGAAAGACGAUGGUCAGAAAAAAAGAAACACGCUGCGGAUGAAUAUUAUCGUGCACGAUAUUUAAAUAUUUAUUUUCGACAAUGGUUACAAUGGGUUAAGGAUCGUAUUGAAAGACAAAAAGCAGCUGUAUGCCAUUUAAAACAUUGUUCAGAAACUUAUCAAUUAAGGAUAAUUCUUGGUGAAUGGAAUGUUGUUGCUCAACAAGCACGUCGAACACGAGAUUAUUUUGAUCGUAUUGAAAGAGGUGAAGAUAAUCAACAAAAUGGUUCUCUUGGUCAAGGCGAAGCUCGUGAUGAAUUAUCAAUGCUUAAUCGUGAAGCUGCUGUUCGUAUUCUUGCAUAUUUAGAUAUAGCUGAUUUAGCUCGAUGUUCACAAGUAUGUCGUAAUUGGAAAAUGUUAACACAAUCAUCAAUGUUAUGGGCUAAACUUGAUUUACAUCGAACUAAUAAAGUACUUAGUGAUCGACUUGCUAUGCGUUUUAUACAACGAGCUCGACCAUUUCUACAACAUCUUAAUUUACGACAAUGUUCUCGUAUUGGUCGUUUAACAUUUCUAGGUAUUAGUAGUUGUAAAAAUUUACAGGAUUUAAAUUUAAGUGAAUGUCCAUCAGUCGAUGAUGAAUCGAUUAAAAUAAUAACUGGUGGUUGUCAUAUAUUACUUUAUUUAAAUUUAUCACAUACAUCAGUGACAAAUCAUUCAUUUCGUCAUCUUGCACGUCAUUGUCAUUUUCUACAAUUUCUAAGUGUUGCAUAUUCACGUCAAUUUUCUGAUCGAGCUUUUGGUUAUCUAGCAAAUGGACGUGGUUGUCGUAAAUUAACUCAUUUAGAUAUUAGUGGAUGUACACAAUUAACACCAGUUGGAUUCGAUGCUAUAGCUGAUGCUUUUCGUGAUCUUGAAAUUUUAGUGAUGGAUGAUAUAAAUAAUUUAUCUGAUAAACAUAUGCAUAACUUAUGUAAACGAAUGACACAUUUAAAACAAAUAUCGAUGUGGUCAUCAGCACGACGUCUUUCUGGAUAUGCUUUUAGACAAAUGACUUCACUGACAAAAUUAACGACAGUUAAAUUCGAUUCAAAUAAAUUAAUUACCGAUGAACAUCUUCGUUUAAUAUGUCGUUCAUGUUCAGAAAUAUGUCAUUUAUCCAUACCGGAUUGUAUAUCUGUAACUGAUAUGUGUAUGAAACAUAUUGGUACAUUAAAACAUUUACGUGUAUUAAAUGUUGCGGAUUGUUUAUUAAUAAGUGAUACUGGUAUAAAAUUUCUAACUGAAGGUGCAUGUCAAAAUCGUUUACGUGAAUUAAAUUUAACAAAUUGUAUGCGUAUAAGUGAUAGUUCAAUAACGAAUCUUUUACGACGAUGUAAACGUUUAGCUUAUUUAAAAUUAUGUUAUUUAGAUAAAAUAACUGAAAAUGGUUUAGAAUUAAUUGGACAAAUGGAACAAUUAAUAUUAAUUGAUUUAACUGGUACACAAACAUCGGAUACAACAUUAAAAAAUUUAGGAUAUUCUGGUCAUUUACGUUCAGUUAUAUUAUCAUCAUGUCGAAAAAUAACUGAUUUAGGUUUAACAAAAUUUACAACAGCAUGUCCAAAUCUUGAACAUUUAAAUUUAUCAUUUUGUGCACAAUUAAGUGAUAAUGCAAUACGUUCUAUGGCAUUUUGUUGUAAAUAUUUAACAACAUUAAAUAUAUGUUCAUGUUCAUUAUUAACCGAUAUGAGUUUACAAUAUUUAAGUGGUGUUUGUAAAUAUUUAUAUGAAAUUGAUAUAUCCUAUUGUCAAUUAAUAACUGAUAAAGGUUUAAAAUGUUUAGGAGAAAAUUCUGCUUAUCUUAAACGUGUUAUUGUUAUUGAAUGUCCAAAUAUAUCACGUGCGGCGAUUAGUCUUCUUUUACGUCGAGUACCUUAUGUUCAAUAUCAAUAUAUGGAUAUAUAA